UCCUCCUUGGUGCUGAUUGCUAGUGUCCUCCUCUAUACACCUGGCACAGAGAGGAGGGGGCUGAUCUAGCACUAGCAUGCUCUGGCCUGGCAUCUUAGGUGGCCUCUCCUUGGCACAAUGACGGGCUCCUCAUACUGACCGCUGGCUACUUGGAGUCCUCAUCAUGCCCUGCCCUCAGCCUCAGCUGCCGGCCAUCUCCUGCCUCAGCCUGCUCACGCUGCUGCUCUGCUGGGAUGUCGGGGGCUGCAGAAGGGUCUCCCCGGGCUCCCCUGCUCCACAGCUGACGGAUCUCAGGUCCCAGAUCUCCGGGGUGGAGGAACUGCUGGAAGAAUUCCGCAAGCAGCUGCAGCAGGGGGAGGACUGGCCGCAGGACGGGCACCGGCACAGACUGCACGGUAACGGCCGGGAGGAGGAGGAGGAGGAGGCGGCGGCUAUGCAACAGCAGCUGCAGGAGGUGGCCGUGCGGCCCUCAGGGGACUCCGGGGAGGACCUGUGCAACUUCAGCCGGCAGGAGGACUACAUCAUCCGCACCAAGGACUCGCUGGAGGCCGGAGCCACCUUCCUGAAGGCCCCCGGCGAGGUGGACAGCUGGAAGCAGUGCCUGGAGGACUGCUGCUCCCAGCCCCGGUGCUCGGCCGCCGUGGUGGAGAGCUCAGGCCGAGGCUUCAGCUGCUUCCUCUUUGACUGUAGCCACCAUGGGCACAACGUGUGCCAGUUCUCUCCACACAGGGACUACACCAGCUUCACCCUUACCGGCCGCAAUGCUUCCUGGGCUUCUCUGCGCACGGUGGCCAGCAGCUUGGAUACUGACAAGCUACCAAACAGCAAUGCGGGACAAGACGUGGUACUUCAGCUGCCAGUUGAUUGGGUUAUACUGGAUGGGCGUGAAAGCAGUGAUGACCAUGCCAUCAUUCGAUAUGAGUGGACUCUGCUUCAAGGGGACCCUUUAGUAGAAAUUAAGGUUCCUCAACCAGGUACACUGAGGUUAUCCCAUUUGCAAGAAGGAGUUUAUACCCUGCAGUUGACUGUCACUGAUACAUCUGGUCAGAAGAGCUCAGACAAUGUCUCUGUCAGUGUCCUCCCCGAGGAACAUCAUAAGUCAGCGGUCACAUCGUGCAGCGGAGGAUGUUCCCGCUAUCAGUUUAUCUGUGACGACGGCUGUUGUAUAGAUAUCACCCUGGCCUGUGACAGAGUGGUCCAGUGCCCGGAUGGCUCUGACGAAGCUUUCUGCCAGAACCUCAGUUCCGGUCGUAAGACAGUGAUUCACAUAUCUGACAAGACACACAGCCAUGCCAUGGGAAGUGAGAUGGACAAAGAAAAGGAUUCUGCUGUGGAAAAAUCAAGAGUAACAGGCCAGAAGACUUCUGUGUCCUCCAAUGCAGAAAAAAAUCGAACACUUCUUGAGGAACUGAAUAACGAUAGUAUGCUCAAGACAGGAGCCAUUACACAACAUACAACUCUGGACCCUAGAGGAAAUCUGGAAGCAGUACCAGGCACUGUUUCAUCAAAAACUGACAAAGAUGCAGUGCAGAAGAAUUUCUUAAUCUCAAAAAACAUUGUAAAGGGUAAUGGACACCCUGCACCUGAAGCAGGAGCUGUUUUACCACUGGCCCUUGGUUUGGCCAUUACUUCGCUGCUGCUUUUGAUGGUAGUUUGUCGUCUCCAGCUGGUGAGACAGAAGCUUAAGAAAGCUCGUCCACUAACCUCUGAAGAGUCCGAUUAUCUUAUAAACGGCAUGUAUCUGUAGCAGUUGUGCCCCUUCUAUUAUUUUCCAGAUCCUGCAUACUUUAACUUAUUGUCCAUACACCUGAAAUCCAAAACUACUUGUGAUAAUAUAAUUAAAGGGAAUGUGUCUACA